UUUUUUUUUUUUUUUUUUUUGUCAACAUGAGAAGUCGGUCACGUGACAUUGCGCGUCAUCGUUGGCUGCCAGCCAAUGAAAAUUUUUUCAAUCAGAAAGAUAUAAACCAGCGGCAAGUUUGCUAAUCGUUGAAACCUUCCCAGUUUUUCAUUUUAACAGAUAGUGAGGAAGAUUCUUUUUCUGCACUAGAAUUAAAUUUUAAUCGUUGAAAAAUAAUCGAGUUAUCUGAAUACAUUUUUUAAACAUGCAAGUCUUUGUCAAGUCCCUUGAGGGUAACACCCUUACCCUCGAUGUUGCCGCCAACUCCUCUGUUGCUGCUGUCAAGUCCAUGAUUCAAGAACGUGAGGGUCUCCCUGUUAACUCUCAACUCUUGUCUUUUGCCGGUAAGCCUCUUAUUGACGGUGAGCUUUCUGUCUACGGUAUCUGUGAUAACAAUACCUUGAACUUGAAUGCCGAAUUAUUGGGUGGUGGUAAGAAGAGAAAGAAGAAGACCUAUACUACUCCCAAGAAGAUUAAGCAUAAGCGUACCAAGGUCAAGAUGGCCAUCUUGAAGUUCUACAAGGUCGAUGAGUCUGGUAAGAUUACCCGUCUCCGUCGUGAAUGUCCUAACGCCACCUGUGGUGCUGGUGUCUUCAUGGCCAAGCACAGUGACCGUCAAUACUGUGGUAAGUGUCAUUUGACCUAUGUCUUCCAAAAGGACGAAAGCGCUUAAAUCAAUUUGACUUGAUUUGAUUUUUUUUUUUUUUUUAAUUGUUAAAAUAAAAAUCCUGUGUUUUUA